CGAGAAAUACAAACAGAGUGGCGGGAUCUGCGGUUGCGUUAGAAAGUUUAUUUAUGACUGAAAUUAAACAUAUUAGUUACUACGUGUGAGGUACAGUCGGUGGAAACAUGUGUGAGAAAAGCAAAAUCGUGACUCAGUGGCUAAAAAAGGUGUUUGGGCAGCAGCCUGUCCCCGACUUUGAAGUGAACACGCGGACGAUAGAGAUUCUGCACGAGCUGGUGGAGAACAGUGAGAUGAGAUGCAGAGAGGUGGAGCUGCUCAUACAGGACCACGAGCAGAAAGCAGAAGAAUACAGCAGUGAAGCUGCCCAUCUGCAAGAGGUGCUUGUCCAGGGAGUGGGAUUUCAGCCUGGGGCAGUGUCCAAACCCACAGCAGACCUGCUGUCAGUGCUGGAGGCCACAGCUGAAGUGCUUAAAGUCAAAGACACAUCACUCGGGAGCUACUUGCCUGCAAUCAAUAAACUGACCAAUGACGUGCUGGAGGCUGAAAAAAAAGACAGGCGAUUACAGCGGGAACUUUCUACUGUCCGAAAAAAAAUGACGGCCACAGCUGUGCUACGGAAGAAACUCCAAGAUGAUUUAAUGAAGAUCACACACAUACAACAGGUGGAAGCCGCUACAGCAGAGGAGAGACUUCUCAACAUGGAUUUCAUGAAGAAUAAAUCCAGAGACCUCGCCUGCCGGAAUAAAAUUGCACAGGACAAAUUGGACUCACGGCAGAUGGAUGAUUCUCUUACACAUCAGGCCAUUCUGCAGUUGUCAGAGAAAAUUGCAGCACUGAAGGAAGAAACACUACCUUUGAAGAAGAAACUAGAGCCAUAUAGUGACCUGAGCCCUAGUCCAGCUUUGGCACGAGUGAAAAUCGAGGAAGCUAAACGAGAGCUGGCUGCCUUGGAUGCUCAGCUGGAGCAGAAAGUGGACUUCAUGAACACCUUAUCUAGAUAAACCUGAAUGUCAAAAUAAAACUGUAUAUACGUGAAUAAUGUGACCUAUUCCUGUCAUGUUUAAUAAACGCAACACCUCUCCAAACCUCA